AUGAGUGGACUCUUAUCACAACGUUAUCUUAUUUAUACACCUACAGAUGAUAUUCUUAUUAGUGAAUCGAGUGCUAAUCGAAUUUCUUGUCUAGUAGAGAAGGAUCAUGAUGGUUAUCCAGAUCAACGUUUAACAUUUGCUGAUGCAUCUAAUGGACUCAAUUAUUCAUUUGGUAUGGCUUUUAUCAAUGAAUAUUUUGAUGUUGGUAAUCGAGAUACUGUUCGACGUUAUUCUUGGACUAAUGGGAGUCGAAAAAUUACAGGUACAGGUCAAGUAAUAAUGCCUUAUCCCCAAAAUGGUCAUUCAACACGAACUAUCGCUAUAUCACCUAUGGAUGAUCGAAUAUUCGUGAGUAUUGGUUCAGCAUCUAAUGUUGAUGUUGAACCAUUAUCACGAGCUCCUAUUCAACAAGCUAAUAUCAAUGGUAGUAAUCAAACAACAUUUGCUUAG